GAAAGCAAUCGUGACCAACUCAAACACCAACUCUUAGAAAAGAAGUUAGAGCAAGUAAGGAAUUUAGUGGCUGAUAAUCAGUUGGAAAAGUUAAAGACAAUCAAGCCCCAAGUUUAUGAAGGAUUACCACCUCCUCCUUUACCCCCUAAAGAAAAAAGGAUAAUAGUGCCUAAAAAAGAUGAUAACUUCGAAAAGCAUUUCUCCCCUCGCUCUGAUAUUCCAAGAGAUAAAAAAUGCCUAGAGGCGGAUUUGGCAGAGGAAGCAGCGGAGCAAGUUCUGGCCAAUACACUAAUGCUCAGCAAAUUAAAAACCAAUUCUUUGCUUUUGCUAGUUCUCAACGAGCCGGUAAAGAAAGUGGAGAUGCUGGUUAUUGAACUGGUGGCAGAUGUGAUUGAGGUGUUAAAGUUUCAAGCCGACUUGAACCAGUUGCAAAUUAUCACUCCUAAGCAUCAGAAACAGAUAUUAGAAUUAGAAGCCGAAAUUAAGUCAAUUGAAGCUAAGUAUAAAGAAAAUAUGGUCAAUGCUGCCAAAGAAACUGAUCCAGCCAAAAAAGCUAAGUUCGUUGCUGCCGCCCAAGCUGCCGAAACGGAACUAAAAAAGGUUAAGCAAAAAUUACGAAAUAAUCCUUUAACCAAACUUAUCCAAUAUAGUCAUUUACUGAAUUACACUGAUGAUUUAGAAAAGUUGUUCCGAGGUAAUGUUCCCAAGCAACCACCAACUGUACCUGAUGUUCCUAGUUCUAAUCCAAGUGAUCCAAAUGACUCUGGAGGUUCUGGUAGAGGAACUAACCCCACUGGUGGAGGUUCGGGUUGA